UGUCAGUCUGCGAAAUUGCACUGAUGCAGUGCACAAUGUUAAUUGGCGGCGAGCGGUUCGUAAAAAAGAUGAACAAAACGCGAAGGAUACUCGAAGUGAUCCUUAUCCUUAUUCUAGCCACAUCGGGUUGUGAUGGCAAUGGGGCAGACAUCCCCCUGCGAUGCGACGAGUACGAUUCCAUGGGAUUUAUGGACGUGAACGAGGCCUUUUGCACGGUCACCGGAUUCACGGUCACCCACAGCCAGAAUGUCGUGAUCAAGAACAUACCACCCGGAAAUAUGGUCAAGUUCAUGAAGUUCUACGAAUCAACGCUGCUCUAUAUGCCCUUCCAUCUAUUCGAGACAUUCCCAUAUCUCAAGACCCUGGAUGUCUCGAAUACGAACAUUUUGGAGCUUACGAGGAAUGCAUUUAGUGCUGCGAGCAAUCUCACUUACCUGAAUCUGGCCUACAACAAUCUGACCUCUAUACAGACGUCUGUGUUCAUUGGUGCCAAUGUCCUGAUGCGUUUGGAUCUGUCCUACAACGAGAUAUCCUCGCUGAGUGUGAAUGCCUUCUGUGGCCUGCACACCAUUAGCCAGAUUUUCCUAACGGGCAAUCUGCUGAAGGAGCUGCACAACGAUAUCUUUAAGGAUAACGAGUACCUCGAGAAGGUGUCCAUCGAGGGAAAUCUGCUGUCCAGCAUUCAACCGGAAGUUUUUCGCAAUAUGCGGCGCAUCAAGGAGGUUAAUCUGUCCAAUAAUCGGCUAGUUUUUAUCCAUCCUGACACUUUUGCCGAUGCGGCGAGCUUGGAGAAUCUGGUCCUGUCCUAUAAUGAGUUGAAAAACUUCCAGCUGACAGAGAAGAACAUUGUGCAUCAGCUGCACUUGGAUAAUAAUUAUCUGACAAAUUUGACCAUAAAUGCAACUCGAUUCGUUCGCGCCAGCCACAACCGAAUCUCGCAGCUUUUCCUGCAUCAAAGUUUGCAUAUCGAAACAUUGGACUUGAGCGCCAACAACUUGACCAACAUAUCAAAUAUCACAAAUAUCACACAUAUGCUCUACUUGGAUGUAUCCGAUAAUCCCAUAGGUCCCCUUAAUGUCAGCACCUUUUCGCAAUUUAAGAGACUGCGGGGCUUAAACUUGCGGGGAAUCGGAAUUAGAGAGCUGAAAUUUGGCAUGUUUUCGAAGCAGAAGUACUUGGAGGAACUGGACCUUUCUUUUAACAACCUCACUAGUCUCGAUUUGGAUAUGUUUGUGCCCUAUCUGACUAAUCUGAGAAAGCUUCUCAUCGACGGCAAUGGGCUGACUGAGCUGCAGGGAAAUCACUCGUUUUCCCAAGCUUUUCCUCAACUUCAGAAGUUGGGAGUAUCGAGGAACCGCUUCAAUUGCUCCUAUCUGCAUCACCUGCUCAUCCCACCGUCGCUCGCCGAGUCCGUGUUGCUCAAUAUUGAACCGGACACCAAUCUGGAGGAGACCCCACACAUCCGAGACGUAUCCUGCAUCAGCCAAUCCCAAGAGGCCGUUAAUGCCUCCUUCACCGCCGAGGAAUCCCGGCUGGAAUCGCAGAUUCACAUGUUAUCGAAGCAGCUGGAAAUUGUAGGAUUCCAUUCGAAGAAUCUGGAACUCCACCUGGCCUUCUUGCAGGUGUUUGCCUAUGUCAUGGGCGGCCUGGUUCUGGUGGGCGUGGUAACGCUGAUAAUCCUCCGAUAUCUCAAGCAUCAACGAUCGGGUCGAUAUGAUCGCAGCAGCAUUGUCUUCCGCUCCAAUGCCACAAUGGAAGCUAAUCUCACCCUGGGCAGUGAAGAUCUUCAGUAGUCUCAGCUAAAUACAUGUUUUAAUUUUAAGACAAAGUGGAAAUAAAAUUGCAGAGUAAAAAAUCCCUCCAAGCUUGUUUAAAACAACUUAAAGUGGUGAAAAGGCAUCUGCCGUUGUUCAAUAAAGACCUAAUGCCAAAAAUC